AUCUGAAGCCAAUGACAGAGUAUGCUUGGCAAUACCCCCAUCAUCCUUUGUUCGUCUAUCUCCUACAGCUAUUCAGUCUAAGCAGCAUCUAAAUUAUUAUACAAGAAAAGGCACCUUUUCUACCUAAAGAUCGUAACCAGUAGUUCGUAAUUCUCCGCGUCCUCAAUAUUAUAAUACGAACUCCGUGCCUCCCUACCCCAUGUCCGCCAAACGCCAUCUUCACUUUUAACUUUCCACACUCACACAUCUACACCCGCACCCACCUCACCUAAAGUAAUGGCAGGGCCGAAGGAUGCUCAAAGCUUUAUGCACAGAUUGACUUUUUGGGUUUGUUCGUUCGGAAAGAUCCCGAAGUUCUGUACUGGUGACGGACGAGGCGCCGAGAAGGCUGUCUGUGUGGAGAUGGAUAUACGAAAUGGCAACACAAGGAGUUGUCAACUAAUACCUGGUACGAAAUAUGGGAGGGAUAGCAUGAGUGCCGAAGAUUCUUUUUUAUUCUGGCUUGAUGAACGCUACUUUACCACCACACCCCCCAUCUUUGAGUCUUACCAACCCAGUGCACUAUCCUUACCUGAUACCCUCAAAUCCCGAGAUCGGAUUUGAUUGCCGGACGCUGACUGUUUACUUACUCCCCCUCUGCUCUGCCCCUGUCGCCCACUCACCCAUCCACUCGGCCUCUUAGAACCCAGCAGAUGUUAGAUCAAAGCUCCAAAAAGUGCAACGAUAAAACCAAAGUCCAAUAUUCCAUUCUGAUGUAUGGGGUGCAUAAGAGUUAAUCUAUCUUGGCAGGCAAUGGUGGCGUCUUUAAAGAAGACUUUCCCAGCACCCCAGUCCAUUUCCGUCCAGCCCAGUCCCGUCCGCUCCACUCGCCUGUCGCUCGGGGGGUCGGCUGAGAACCCGCCGGCUUGGGAUUUUGUGAAACCCAGCCCAGCUUGACCCAUCUCAACUCAAUUCAACUCAAUUCAACUCAGCUCAAGUACUUCCCUCUGUAUGAAGUCAACGACGUCUCUUCACCCCAUGCAUUAAGAAGACUUUAAUCCUGUCCCGUCCUGUCCCGUCCUGUUCUGCCCAAUUCGCCUCGAGCCUCCGCUCACAAGUUAAGCGGGCGUUCAAUUCACCACCGUCUCCGCUCCUCCUCUCAGCUCUUGACUUUGACCCUACCCAUAUCUUCACUCAAUUUGACAGACAACGUCAACAACACAUUCAUGUUUCCACCUAGUUGAUGAAUACAUGCAUGCAUGCACAAUGGCCGCCGCCGCCGACCUUAAGUCAGACCCUCCACACGACCCCGGCACUGGCGUCACGGAACCGUCCUUCCAUCAAAGAUCAUCCAUUCCAACGGCCACCAUCGCUACCGUAGACAUGGACCCGGAGAAAACCCAUGCGGACUUCACGAACCAUGAUUCAGGCUCAACGUUGUCUGAGACUUUGAGGCUCGAUUCCCAUGGUCUACCUCUGGUUCCUCAACCUAGUCGAUUCAAAGAUGAUCCUCUGGUAUGCCAUCCGCUACUUGCAAUUCCCCCCUCAAUUGCCCUUCUUUUCGUCACCCUUCCUUCCAGCCCUCCCAACGUCAAUACGAUUUAUAUGCAUAUUAACACCUCAUAGAAUUGGCCAUCAUGGCUGAAAUGGGCCGUCCUAAUCCAAGUCGGCUUCAUGGCCUUCCUAGGACCCUACAACGCCGCACUGAUCAACCCAUCCCUCGUCCUCCUCAGCAAAGCCAUGCAUGUCACCACCCAGAAAGCCGCCUACAGCACCACGACCGCCAUCAUCACCGGCGGCGUCUCACCAUUCCUCUGGACACCUCUUACCAACUACUUUGGUCGUCGGCCCAUCACACUGCUCGCUAUUCUUCUCACCAUCCUAGGAGGUAUCGGAUCAGGAGCCUCGCCUAACUUCAGUGCAUUAGUGGGCACGAGAGCACUAUGCGGAUUUGGCUUUGGGGGUAUGAUGUCCGUGGGUACGGCGUGUGUCAAUGAUAUGUUCUUCUUGCACGAGAGAGGUGAGAAGACGGGCGUGUAUUCGAUCUUCGUCACGAAUGGUGCACAUGUUGCUGCACUGAUUGGAGGAUUCCUCGGUCAAAAAGCAGGCUGGCAGUGGGACUACUACCUCGGCGCAAUCAGUACCAGUGUUUGCUUCAUCGUCGCCCUAUUCCUCAUGCCCGAGACUCUAUUCUCCCGUGAUCCAACCUUCCUCGCCAAUCGUCAUGAGAGAACGUACAUGCAAAUGCUGUUCAACUUUAAGGGCAAUAUGAUUCCAGGGCACAGGCUCCGUCCAUCAGACUUCCUCCAGUCCCUCACCCUCCUCCGCUACCCCUCCAUCGCCCUCCCCUUCUGGUACUACACCUGGUCCUGGACAUUCAUCAACGUCAUGCCCGCCAUCUCCCUCGCCAGCAUCUACACGCACUUCUACCAUCUCCGGCCGGGCCCCAUUGGCGCCUGUCUCGGCACCUCCCUAACAAUCGGUUCCAUCCUCGGCGAAUUCUUCGCGGGUCGCGCCUCCGACUACCUCAUGCUACAACUAGCCCGCCGGCGCAACAACAAAACCAAAACCAACAACAACAGCACCGACAGCACCACCACAACCAACGAGCGCAAACCCGAACACAGACUCUACCUCUGCACCCUCUCCGCCAUCUUCAUGCCCCUCGGCCUCAUAAUCUUCGGCUCCACAGUCGGAAAAUCCAACCUCUACAUCCCACUCAUCGGCCUCAGCGUCGGCGUAUUCGGCCUCCAGAUCGCAUCCACCACCCUCUACGCCUACACCUCGGACUGCUACAAACCACAGACUCCCGAAAGCGGCACGGUAUUCAACCUAAGUCGCGGGUUGUCGUUCGUAGUAGGGUAUUUCGCUCUACCGUUUGCAAGCGAGGUGGGGUAUUUUUGGGCGUGGUUCACGUUUGCGGGGGUGUUGUUUGUGUUUUUCUUGCCGAUUGCGGGGUUGAUGGUUUGGGGGGAGGGGUGGAGGAGGAGGUUGGGGGAGCCGGGGUGGAAUAGGGAUUUGUGAAUGUGAUGAAUUGAUUACUUAUCUGCCUCUCGACUCCUUUCCACUUGGUCAUUUCCUCACUUCCCCACUGUACUCUACUCUCCUCUACUCUACACUAUUACCCCACCUCACCUUCCCCCGUCUAGACCCACUACCUUCCAACCUCAUCUCUCAUCAUCCAUCUCCACAUAUCCCGUCUUCCACAUUACCCCCCCACCCCUUCUCUUUUCUUUCCAGGCCAGAUCAGAUUCCAGAUAACACCCAGACCAGACCAAACCGAACUGAACAGAUGAACAGAUGAGCAAUACCGACCGGGCACGGAGAGAAACAGAAAGAAGGAAGGAAGGAAGGAAGGAAGGGUGGAAUUUUUUUUCUCACCGAAUGGAUGGUUAAUGAAAUGAACACUUUUGAUACCAAGAGCAGAGGCAUGGGCAAGGGCAAGGGCAAGGGCAAGAGAAAGGGGCAAGGGAAAGGGAAGACCAAGUGAGAGGAGGAGAACCAGGAGGGAGGAGGGGAACCAGAAGAUGGUGGAAUGUACUCUGCUUUGCUCUGCUUUGCUCUGAUUUACACAGAUAGAUAGCUUAGAUAGGUAGCUUAGAUCCCUCUUCACAAACAACGAAAGGAUGCCUCACGGCAACAGUGUAAUAAUGAAAAACCAAACCCAAACCAAACCAAACCAAACCAAACCAGGCCGAUCGAUCCUAAAACAUUCCAUCGCAUCGACCAGAUGUCAGUCAGUCAG